CGUUUAAUGACGUUUCGACGACAGAAGCGCAGAGAGUUUUCCAGAAAGUGCUCUGCUGUGGGUAGGAACGUCUGAAAGUAGUACUGCUAAAAUAAUAGCAACACGCAGCUGAAGGGCGGACAGUUUCUACUGCCAAGUUGAAAGCUGCUUAGUCUCUGGCGGUGAAACCGUGCUGUCUUUGAUUACCAACACAGUUUGAAGAUGGUAGACUACAGCGUGUGGGAUCACAUCGAGGUGUCCGACGAUGAAGACGAGACACAUCCUAACAUCGAUACCCCCAGCUUGUUCCGAUGGAGGCACCAGGCACGUGUUGAAAGAAUGGAACAAUUUCAAAAAGAACGAGAAGACAUUGAGAAGACUCUAGCAGACAGCAAGAGGAAGAUGACAGAAUUACAGAAAAAAAUAAAGGGUCUGGAAACCUCUGGCACUGACGAUGCAAAGAGUGAGCUUCAAAAACUACAGGAAGAGCAGAAGCGAGCAAAGAAAGAGGAGAAAAUCUUAGAAAAAAAAUUGGACGAGCACCGACAGCAGGAAAAAAAGAUGCCUUGGAAUGUUGACACACUAAGCAAAGAUGGUUUCAGCAAGAGUGUUUUUAAUUUAAAAUCAGAAACAAAGGAAGAAACGGAAGAAGAGAGAGAGCAGAAACACAAAACAUUUGUAGAAAAAUAUGAGAAGCAAAUCAAGCAUUUUGGUAUGCUACGGCGCUGGGAUGACAGUCAGAAAUAUUUGUCAGAUAAUCCUUAUUUAGUGUGUGAAGAGACAGCCAAUUAUCUUGUUAUUUGGUGCAUCGAUCUGGAAGUUGAAGAGAAACAUUCCUUGAUGGAACAAGUGGCCCAUCAGACCAUUGUCAUGCAGUUUAUUUUAGAAUUAGCUAAAAGUCUCAAAGUUGAUCCCAGAGCCUGCUUCAGACAGUUUUUUACCAAAAUUAAGACAGCAGAUCAGCAGUAUCAGGAUGCUUUCAAUGAUGAGCUGGAGGCAUUUAAGGAGAGAGUAAGAGGGCGAGCCAAGGCAAGAAUUGAAAAGGCUUUGAAAGAGUAUGAAGAAGAAGAGAGGCAGAAACGCCUGGGACCGGGUGGGCUUGAUCCAGUUGAUGUGUAUGAAGCACUCCCAGAGGAAAUGAAAAAAUGUUUUGAUUCAAAGGAUAUUCAAAUGUUGCAGGAUGUCAUUAGUAAGAUGGAUCCUACGGUAGCCAAGUACCACAUGCAGAGGUGCAUUGACUCAGGACUUUGGGUCCCAGAUAAAAAACUGGUAGAAGGGAUGGACAAAGCGGAAGAUGAAGAGCCAGUGUACGAGGAGCCAAAAAAGGACUAAAAUAAAAUCCUACAAUUAUCAUAUACAUGUUUUUUGCCAGAAGCAUUUUCACUACCAUCCACCUUACUCCCUGCGUCACUUCCCUCCCUCACCUUCUCUAAACUCCAUUUCAUUGGUGUGAAAAGGUUAACUUUAACAGAAUAGUUAUUGUGUUUUAAUCUAUACGGAAAUUUCCAUCUUUACCUGGUUUAAAAAUCUGCACAUUUUUGACCACAGUAUACACUAUGAGCCAGUCAUCCUUGUGGAACUGUCAUUCACUGGCAUGUGUAUGAUGCUUUUUUUUUUUUUUUCUUCAAAAAUUAGCCUAAGUUUGUGAAGUAAAAUUAUCAUUUUUA